AUGGCCGCCCCAGCAACACAAAAACCGCUUGUCUGCUUUUCUUUUGCCGCCUAUGCCAAGGCCCUCAUCGACCACCUCAAGGCCUCCAACAUCGCCGUCUUGGACGGUCUCUCCGACACCGAGUUCUCCGCCAUCGAAGCCACCUACGGCUUCUCCUUCCCGCCGGACCUCCGCCCCAUCCUCCAGGAAGGCCUCCCGCUCGCCCCCGGCUUCCCCAACUGGCGCUCCUCCUCUCCCCAGCAGCUGCAACUCCUCCUCAAGCUACCCACGCUCGGCCUCCUCAAACAAGUCUCCCAAAGAAAAUUCUGGUGCGAGUCUUGGGGUUCUGCUGAUCAGCUUGAAGACACCAAUGAAGCCUUGGCUAUGGCCAAGAAGUUCUUGGAUAAAGCCCCGGUUCUUGUUCCCAUUUACAGAAACUUUUACAUUCCUUCCGAGCCUAAAAUGGCAGGAAAUCCGGUGUUUUACGUUAAUGGCGGUGAUGUUCGAGUGUUUAGCUUUGACGUUACUGGGUUCUUCCAAGAAGCUGAAUUCUUGAACAUUUCAAGGGUGUCCAGGAUUAAGGCGCCGGCCUGGGCGGCCACGGCGGCGAGGAGGAUUGAAUUCUGGACGGACGUGGCGGCGCGUGGGAACAAGCGGUGGUGGAGUGGGGACUUGGGAAGUUGCUUGGAGGAGAUGUUUUGGAGGUUGAGGAAUGGAGGGUGGAAGGAUGAGGAGGUUAGGGAGAUGAUGAUGAUGGACGGUGGUGAUGAGAGGAAGGGUGGAGGUCGGCCUGGUGUGGCGAAUGGCGAAGAAGGCGUGGCGUGGCACGUGAGGGUGCUCUCCAUGGUUUUGUUACGUGCGGGAUGGACCAGGGAAGACGUGGUGUACUCGCUUGGUGUUCAAGAGGAGAAUGGUCCUAUAGAGGGGAAAUCUUUUGUGGACUUUCAAGUUUAA